UUAAUUUUUUAUUAUUUCCCAUUUUUAGAAUUUUUAUUCUUUAUUAUUUUUUUCAAUCUAACCUGUCAUUAAAUAGGUCUUUAGCCUCCUUCUGUGCUUCUCUAUACACCAUGAACACAGCAGCCUUCAGCAACAGUCUCAACAAUUACCAGAAGAAAAGAAACGUUUCUUCUUCUUUUUCACACUUUCUUUUCUCUAAGGUUUCUUUGCUGAUUUUAUACAAGCCUGUUUAAUUUAUUUUGCCUCUUCGCCGCCUCUUUUUACCGGUACAUUAUGUCUGAGGGUGUAGCUUGACAUAUUUUAUGUUUCACCAUAGAAAGGUGCUGAAAUCCACAUGCAACGCGGAAGAUUUUCUGUUAUGGAUGUACAAGGAGCUUCUGAUAUUGAGCAUAUGAGUUCUACAUCAGGAUUUCAGCAUGAGUUGUGGCCACUAGAUGAAAUUGAUCCAAAUAAAGCCAAGUUUCCGUGUUGUCUAGUUUGGACUCCACUUCCAGUUGUCUCAUGGUUGGCACCUUUCAUUGGACAUGUUGGCAUUUGCAGGGAGGAUGGAACUAUCUUAGACUUUGCAGGAUCUAGUUUUGUGAAUAUUGAUAAUUUGGCUUUUGGUCCAGCGGCUAGAUGUCUUCAACUUGAUAGAAAUCAGUUGUUAAUCCAGUGUUGCUUUCCCCCAAACCUAGCUGGGCACACAUGCAAGCAUGGCUAUAUGCACACCGAGUAUGGGGCUGCAAUCACAUGGGAUGAUGCUCUUCAGUCAAGCGUGUGUCACUUUGAGCAUAAAACCUACAACCUUUUUACAUGUAACUCUCAUUCAUUUGUUGCCAACUGCCUGAAUCGACUCUGUUAUCGUGGUUCAAUGGGUUGGAACAUGAUAAAUGUGGCGGCUCUUAUACUGUUCAAGGGACAUUGGAUCAACUGGAAGUCAAUAAUCAGAUCAUUCUUUCCUUUCACAGUGGUUCUCUGCCUGGGUAUUGUUUUUGUUGGCUGGCCCUUUCUAAUUGGGCUAUUUUCAUUCUCCUUCCUUCUCAUGGUGUGGUUUCUCACAGGUACUUACUGCAUGAAAAACCUGUUAGAGUGCUAGAACUUUUGUAACUAAUGUCAAAGGUUUGUUUUUGAGAAGAAAGCUGAAUCGAUAGUCUCGCUUGUUUUAGAA